CACGAGCAUAUCAGUGAGUGAUUAAACACGACCCAUAAUCUUCCUUUUCAUCGCUCCGAAAGUAAAAUAAGGUGUGUUUCCCAAGAUGUCAGCAGAGUUAGUUACAGAAUCAUCUCCUCGCUUUAUCUCAGCUUUGAAGUCUCAGAAAGUUGUCAAGGAUGUUGAUGCCCAACUCUCCUGCACAGUGUCUGGUAAUCCAGAACCAGAAGUAACUUGGUACAAAGGAGACAAGCAGCUCACCAAGAUUCUUGGCCUUCCUAAAUAUAAAUUGUUAAAGGAUGACAUGGUUCACACACUCAGACUAUACAGGCUGAAAGACUACCUUUACUUUUAAAAGAUGGAAAAACUAGUUUUAUUAAAAACACUUUGAGCUUAGCAG